CACUUGGCUGCCAAACUUCUAGCCGUCGCUUGAACGUCGUUCUCUCUUCUCGAACAACCACCACAACCGACAAAAUGGCGCCAGCAGCAUCCACCGGUGGCAAGAAGCAGAAGAAGAAGUGGUCCAAGGGCAAGGUCAAGGACAAGGCCAACCACGCCGUUGUCCUCGACAAGACCACCUCCGAGAAGCUCUACAAGGACGUCCAGUCUUACCGUCUGAUCACCGUCGCCACCCUGGUCGACCGUCUGAAGAUCAACGGCAGCCUUGCCCGUAAGGCUCUCGCCGACCUCGAGGAGAAGGGCCAGAUCAAGAAGGUCGUUGGCCACUCGAAGAUGAACAUCUACACUCGUGCGGUCACCGCUGAGUAAACGGUUUUCUUCGGUGUUUAGCGGUUUUUCCUUGUUACGAACAAUAUCCUCCGACGUCCGAAAAAAUUAUUGGGUGGGCGAUUGAUGGAUACUAGGCUCGAAAGGCAUAGUUCAGAGUGCUACGGAUCACGAAUACUGGACAUGUCAAAUAGGAUGAGGCUCGAAUUGAUCACAGUCCGCUUCGCCUAGCAAGGCUUCAAAACCAUUCGCUUCGCCCAAUAGGGCUGAAUUCAAAAGAAUUGAAAUAUAUACGAAAGAAGAACU